CAACCCGCUCAAAUUGCCGUAACUUUUGACCGUUACGAAUUCGAAUGUCAGCGAAGUGUUUCAGUUGUUUUGACGCAUGAAAUCUAUUUAUAUCGAAAAUUUUCUAUGACGUUUAACAACUGGAUGGUAGAAUUUUUUGUGGAAAAUUAUACUGUGCAUCUGAUAGUUUUUCGAGUUGCAUUGAAAGUCGGUGAAAUUGAAACACUAUGACGUUAAGAAUGAAGUCCAUUUUGUUUGUUGCAAUAUUUUUGUUGCAACAAACUCAAAGUGCAACUUUGUUGAAUUGGUUAUGGAGCAAACCUGUGGAAGAAUCAACAGUUCUAGUAGCCGAUGGUGUACCUCUUAUCUCCAUUCCGUAUGAGUCUAUGACGGAGGAUGAAAAGUUUUUGCAAGAAGCUGCAAAAUUCACAGAUUUACAAAUCUCUUCACCUCUGCAAACCUGUCAGCACAAAGUUGUGAUGAAGAUAAAAACUUCAUGCGGCGAAAUGUCUGAAGAAGAAUUAGCCAAACUCAGCGUCAACUUGCUCAAUUGUCAAAGUACUGUCGAGGGCAGAAAAUUAUUUCCCUGCACCGAAGAAAUGACUCUGAAACAAUGUACGACCGAAAUGGAUGCAGAUAUGUGGAAUGCCUAUCAUUUGAUGAGCAACAGAGCAAGAGCAGUUUGUUACACUGCUCGUAGUACACAAUUCCGUGCACUCACAGAAUUGACGGUCAAUAAAUUGAUGCAAACAGCUCAUUCGCAGAUCAAAGCUCUGGGUUCCUUGAAGGAAAGCCAGCAGCGUUUGGAGGAUCAAACUCUGGAAGCUUUGGGUUCACUCUCCGAGGGGAAUAAAGCGUUGUUGGAGCAACAACAGUAUUUACGUGACGCUCAAACUACAGCUCACAAUUUGGUUUCGAGCAAUUUACGCCAAUUGAACAACGAGAAAGCUCUCAUAAGAGCAGGGCAUGCAGAACUUGCUCGUUUGGCAGCAGAUAUCAAAGCAAAAUUGGAAAAAUCAAGUGCAGACCUGAUGAAUCAAGCGAUGGAGCAGCACGCGAACCACGACGAAGUUCUCGAAGAUUUGAUGAAAAUUCAAGAUCAGGCGCAGUUGAUAUGGGACAAAAUUGAAUCGAGUACGAAUCGUAUAGUUGAGCAAAAUGCCGAAGCUGCCGCUCAAUACGAACAGACGCUCGAGAAACUCGGAAAAAUUAACGAGACCAUCCACUUUAUAUGGAACGUGACUGAAUCGAUGCGUAGUGAAGUCGAUGAAAAAUUAGGCUGGAUCACUGAAUACAUCGGAGACACAAGUGAACAAUUCAACAAAGUUUACAGAACUGUGCUCCACGUCAUUUACUUACUCGGAGCGAUGAUUGUCGCUUCCUUUUUACAAACUCCGUUUACAACGAGAGCUACAAUAAUGGGAAUAAUACCUGUGAAUCUGAUGACUUUCUUAAAGCAUGGAAUGGAAGCUUCACUUGAUUUCACUUCAAUAACAGUGUUGAUAUUCAUGAUUACGGGAAUGCACUAUUUGAUGGCCACGGUACAGUACUUGUUUGGGCCCAGUAAAAAGUCGAUGGAUUUUUCGAGCCACCGGAGCGAAGAAAUGAGCGGGAACAGAAAUGGAAGAGCCGACACCUAUCAUAAACGAUCAUCUUCCCCGGAAAUGUCGCCCAUAGUCGCAAAGCCGAAAAUUCAUAUUCGCCUUUUGAAAGCAAUUGGAGGAUUAUUCCGAUCGAUUAUUCAAAAGUUCGUCAAUUGCAAAAAUAAAACUGUCCUGAUUCUACAAAAUGCUGCUUCGUGGUGUCAACAAAAUUCAGCCCCGGUCGAAGAACUCUCGUGUUCUUAUUUGCCAACAAAAAAGGCUCGUGAAGAUCUCGUUAUGGAUUACGGACACGAGUUUCCCAGCAUGUCUGAGGAAAGCACAGAUUUUGAAAAUUCCACAACGUAUGAGAAACAACACGUGUUAGAUGACUCUGAAAGUCUUGUCGAUGCGAGAGAUUUGCGACGUCGGAUAUUGGGCCGAAACACGUCACCGUCGCGCAAUUCCGGUUACGAAUCGUCAGACUCAAGAAGCACAACGCCCAAUAACAUGAAGCAACCGCGAAGUUUGUGCGUAGCUUUGACCAAGAGUGGGUCAAAAUGUCGUUGUCGAGCCGCAGUUGGAGGGCUGUUCUGUGCAAGACAUAGAACAGGUUCUUCGAUAAUGGGCGAUUGAGAUAAGCAAUCAGUUUGAAUGCAGGGAACCGUAAAAAUAGUGAUAACAAGAUUUGCGAACACUAAUCUGAACAGGCUUGACUUCUUUCCGCAAAUUUACUCAGACGUCAAAAUCGUUUGAUUUGUACAGUUUCGAAGCUUACGUGAGCUGAUUAACUUAAUUGAACUUAAGAUAUCGAUUUUUAUGACGAACAGGAUUUCGUUCAUGUUCUAAUAGUAUUUAAGAGUAUUUUUAGCUAUAGGUCCUGUGAUGUUUUAAUCUGCCAUGGCAACUCGUUUGUAGAUAUUGUCGCGACGUGAAUUGCAGUCACGCUGAUUUUUCAAUUAGCCACGAUAAAUUAUUACACAAUACCAGUGAAUAUUACUACUACGCGAGUUGUUUCUUCGCAGAGAAUAUUCUGAUAAUGUAUUUUUCUAUUUAUUCAACUCUAUACUUGGGAUUGCAAUUACUCAAUACAAAUUUUGAGCUCAAAUGGAAAUGGGGUAAUCGAAUGAUCAUUCUUCUUAAUAUGUUGUAAGAUUUUUUUUCUCUGAGAACGAACGUAUUAAUUGAUCAAAUUUGUCAUAAACGAACAAUGAGGAAAACCAUACUCGAACUUAUAAAAUUUACUUGAAGUUUGUUAUGAGUUGCUCAAUAUUGUAUACAAUUUUUUUGGCUCAUGCAGUUUUAAUCCGAAUUAGGAUUUAGGCAUAAUUAGAUUUUUAAGGUUUUCAAGCAAAAUAAAAAUAGUUACAAAUUGUAAAACUUGUAAUGGAUUAUUGAAUGUUUUUGAUGAACUAUUUGUGACAGUUAUCUUCAUUGGCAGAUUCAUGUAUUUUACCUCGUAAGAUAAUAUCUAUAUUUCAAUUUGUAUUUCUGAUCAUUGUGAUUUCUGAAAAACGAAAUAUUCUGUGGAUUACUCAUUACUAAAACUUAAAUUAAUUAUCUUGCUGUUGCAGUAAAACAUAAUGCAACUGUUUACCAUAGAAAAUAAUCGCCACUGAAAUGCGUAAUUAGCAACAAAUUGCAACAACAUCGAAGAUUGCGCGUUGAAUUGUGAUAAAAAUAUGUAUCGUUUUUUACAUUCAAAAAUUCGCUCCCAUGGAGUCUGAAAAGCGACGAAGAAAACUCGACCAAAGCUUCUGGCGUUCUUGAAAGCAAAACGAAAUUUCGGUGACGUUUAUAAAUUUAAUGAAAUAAAGGUAGAAAGAAAAUUUGUGUAACUUUUUCUCCUUAAGGAACUUGAAACUGACUGAAUAAAUAUUUUCACACAUUUCAUCUUA